UAAUACAUACAUACACGACGUGGCCCGUUAGAAAAGAAUAAAGGAGGCCUUAACCCUGUUGGGGUCAAAAACCCUAGCGCUAUUAAUCAACAAACACGACCGCACUAUUCUCUUUGCUGGAUUCUACUCUUCCAUAUUCCUUACCAGUUUUUUCCCAGUGUUUCAUCCAUAUUUUGUAAUGGCUGGUCGACGGGAUAGCUACGGGAAACGGUCUCAUUCUCAGUCAGAUUAUGGUGAAAACGGGUCAAACAAAAGGAGAAGUACUAGAAAUGAUAAGGAUCCUUUCUCUAUUGGCCCCGAUGACACAGUAUAUCGAUACUUGUGCCCAGUAAAGAAGAUUGGCAGUAUCAUAGGUAAAGGUGGGGAGAUUGUUAAACAAUUAAGGGUGGACACUAAAGCAAAAAUUAGAAUUGGUGAGACAGUACCUGACUGUGAUGAGCGUGUUGUCACCAUCUACAGCUCAAGCGAAGAAACAAAUGAGAUUGAUGGCUCUGAAGAUCGUGUUUGUCCAUCUCAGGAUGCCCUUCUCAGAGUAUAUGAUAAAAUCAUUAAUGAUGACACUAUGGACGAGGACUCUGAGGGAGCAGCACAGGUUACUGUUAAGCUUCUAGUACCUUCAGAUCAGAUUGGAUGUAUUAUUGGAAAAGGGGGACAGAUAGUUCAGGACAUUCGAAGUGAAACUGGUGCUCAGAUUCGUAUUUUGAAAGAUAGGCAUUUGCCUGCAUGCGCCUUGAGCUCAGAUGAACUUGUGCAGAUAUCUGGUGAAGUUGCUGUAGUGAGGAAGGCUCUCUAUGAAAUUGCAACUCGUCUUCACAAUAAUCCAUCCCGUACUCAACAUAUUCUAGCCUCUGAUGCACCAACUGUCUACUCUUCGAGCAGUUCACUUAUAGGUCAUGCUGGUGGUGCUCCAAUAGUGGGAAUAGCUCCGUUAGUGGGGCCAUAUGGGGGUUACAAAGGGGAGAGUGGUGACUGGUCAAGGUCUUUCUACACAGCUCCAAGGGAUGAAUCAUCUUCAAAGGAAUUUUCUCUUCGUCUAGUGUGUCCUACUGCAAAUAUUGGGGGUGUUAUUGGGAAAGGUGGCGUCAUAAUAAACCAAAUUAGACAAGAGUCUGGUGCAGUGAUCAAGGUUGAUAGUUCUAACGCUGAAGGUGACAAUUGUGUGAUUUCUGUUUCUGCAAAAGAGUUUUUUGAGGACACAUAUUCUCCCACAAUUGAAGCAGCAUUGCGCUUGCAACCAAGGUGCCGUGAGGAAGUGGAACGGGAUUCUGGUCUUAUAUCAUAUACCACAAGGUUGCUGGUUCCGGCAUCUCGAAUUGGCUGUCUUAUUGGGAAAGGAGGAUCCAUAAUUAAUGAGAUGAGGAAAAUCACGAAAUCUAAUAUUCGCAUUCUCUCGAAAGAAGACCUUCCGAAGGUUGCAUCUGAAGAUGAUGAGAUGGUUCAGAUAUCAGGAGAUCCUGACGCUUCAAAGGAUGCACUCAUGCAAGUAACAUCACGUUUAAGGGCAAAUUUUUUUGAAAAAGAGGGGCCCAUGUCUGCCUUUGUGCCAGUUCUUCCCUACCUCCCCAUGUCAACAGAUUCAGAUACCUUGAAAUAUGAAAACAGAGAUACUAGGAGACAUGCACGGGAACAUUCCUACUCAACUGCGUAUGGUGGUACUAGUGAUCUUCCACAUGCUGAUGGUUUUGGAAGUUAUGGUACUCUCCAGAGUAGUAGUAGUGUAGGAUAUGGGGCAUAUGAAGGAUAUUCCCCUGCUUAUCCAAAAGAAGGAUAUUCCCAUGGGCGUUCCGGUGGAUCUGGGUCUUCAAGGCAAAGCUCUGCUCCCCGGAGAAAAAGUUAUGGUUACUAGAGCUUGUAACAGGACCACAGUUCUUGCUCUUCUGAGGAGGAUGUUGUGGCUAUGGAAUGUGCAUACAGCUUAAGCUACAGGGGUCCCUGCAGUUCUCUGUAGACCCUGGAACUUCAAUGCGAUGAUCUGUGUGAUUUAGUUGUGCAAGAUGUAUCUGUAUGCCAAAAUGCAGUGAUAUAAUUUUCUCUGCCAAUCACUGUGGAAUCUGAUAGCUUUGGGAGUACUGGUUGGAAUUGAUUGAAGCAGGUAAAAUCUUAUGGUAAGUCUCAUAUUCUUGUUAUCACAUGCUUACUUUUGUUGUAUGAUUCACAUAUCAAACCAAAAAAAAAAAACUUUUGUCAGAUGAUUUAUAUGCAAGCUCUUAUGUUAUUGCCAAUGAAUCUGCAUGUUUAGUGGAAUUUACUCAUGUAUGCUAGGAGGUUGUAUUUUCUUUGCAUUUGUUUGACGAGAAUCUCUUCUUUGUUCCGUUGGAUAGAGUCUUUACUUCUUUUGCUGAUGCCUUGUCUUAUUGCUCAUCUUAUGCAAUGCUCCAUUAUUUGUUCUUUCUUGUUGAGAGUGGUGGGGGUUGAGUUGAAAGGGUGGCUGUGUCUUGAAGAAGAGUGGUUAAAUGAUAUGAGAGGAUACUUGUUUACAAAGAUAAAUCAAUCAUGGGGUAUGAGGAGUUGAUCUGGAGUUGAAUUGGUCUUUUAUAAGUACUGGCACCAAGUUGAGGCUUAGUAGAUGUUGAUUUCCUACAACUAAUCACGUCAAGUUAGAAGUUGCCUCUCCUAUUGCAUGGAAUAUAGAUUUUGUAUAAUUUGUCGUGUUGCUACCCAAAAACAAACUGGUGCGGUAAACUGCCCGCCUUAAUAUGAUCCGGUUGUUUCUUAGGGCCGUAGAUCUUUGAUUUUUGUAAAUAUUUUGAUAUAAUCAUCAAGUAUUUGUAAAUAGGACCAUUUGGACGUAGUAACUUGCCUAAGAUUGGGAAGUUUGGUUUCCCUUAAAGAGGCCCAAUGACAGCAGUAUCUAAUUUCAAGGCAUUAUGCUAUAUCAUCGGAA